GCGCCAAGACGAGACUCGGUACUGAUCCCAGUAACUAGAGCAGAGCCAUGAAUUUCGUAAUGAAGGCAGCGUUGGGAGGCGGGCCUCCCGAUGUGGGGAAAAUGCUGGGAGGAGAGGAAGAGAAGGAUCCUGAGGCUGAGAAAGAAAAAGAGGAGGAGAGACAGGAGGCUCUGAGGCAGCAGGAGGAGGAGAGGAAGGCCAAGUACGCCAAGAUGGAGGCUGAGAGGGAAGUGAUCCGCCAGGGUAUCCGAGACAAGUACGGGCUGAAGAAGCGCGAAGAGGCUGAGGCCGAGGCUCAGGGUGCGAUGGACGCGGCGAGUGAAGGCAGUUUGACUCGCCCGAAGAAAGCCGUGCCGUCCGGCUGCGGAGACGAUGAUGAAGAGGAAGAGAGCAUCAUGGACACGGUGAUGAAAUAUCUCCCAGGACCACUGCAAGACAUGCUAAAGAAAUAACAUACACACACUUGUAAAAGUACCACGGCACACAAACUCAGCUUUAGGGAAUUAAGAUUCAGAUUACAACACAUGCUUCCGCUUUCUAACAGCAGAGGGCGCAGUUCAGGCUAAACUUCAGUACAGUAUCACCAUCCUCCUCUCACACAGGCUCAAGGUGUAAAUAGAUUUCGACUGUGUCCCAAACGCUAGUGUUUAUCUCACAUUAUUUCACCAAGAACAGAAAUGUUCACUCGCUAGCUAAUAGCUUAUUAGAUAUUAGCGGCAAAGAUAACGUGAGGAAUUCUAGCGUUUGACGCCAAGAAAGUUUCACAAUAUAAGCCAUAUUUUAUCUUUAAAGCAGAACGCUGAGUCACUAAAGACAGAAAAGUAACUAGGCUACAGAAGUGUGCAUGAAGCGUGGCCUACUUUUACUGUUUUCUACUUUAAACCGUGGACGUGUCCCAAAUUGAGAUAGAAUUACUUCAUCUAUGCAUGUGUCUGUAAUAGCGUAGGUUUGUGUGUGCUUUAAAACAAGCUCCUAUUUUUUUGGUGCAAUGGUCAAAAUAAUAUAAAGAAGGCAAUAAAUUUAUUAUUAUUAUUAUGCAUUGUUGAACAAACAUACCAAAAAUGUUUUUUUUUUCUUUUUUCUCACCAUAAUAGCACAUAUAGAAUUCAGGUAUAAGAAGCUAAAGCUCAAUAAUUCAUGUAAGACUUUACGAAACUGGACAAAUUUCUUUGCACUUUGUUUUUCCGGAACCUUCUCAGCAAUAAAUCACGUCUUCUGUUUGCUUGGCUUUGUGAAAUCAGUGACUAAAAGAAAUGAUGGUUUAACGAUGGUGUGAAAUGUGUCUGAAUAAAAGAACGUAAUAUCACAAAA